AUGCUUCCCGUGCUCAAUGCAAUGACAGCCGUUAAAUUGCCUCCACGUGGCCAAGCUUUCGGCCAUACCGUCACUGCGACGGGACUCUAUUCAGCUCAAGAGACGUCCUCAAGCUUCAAUAGCUUUGGGCUGGUAGACUUGCAGCUGGGCGGAGGUGCCGUGCUCUGUGACUUUCUGCGACCGUGCCAUCAGCUGUUUUGGCGCUCGGGAGGCAAAGCCGCCUACUUCGCUUUCGACUGGCACGACGAUGUGCCACAAGAAAGGCGUGCUUGGGCCGCCAUCCCAGAACUGUCAAGCGCAAUGCUGUUGUCGCUGGCAUGCCAUUGUCGAAGUCAGCGACAUGCCGGUGGACUCAAGAGCUCGAGGAUGGCAGGCACCAGCUCCAAGAAUGCACAAGGUCCGGAGCAGACGGACUGUAGCCUGCGGCCAGGUAUGCCCUACCAGUCCAUGCAGUUGGGACCAGGGAACAGACAGGCUCGGCCGUUGCCAGUCCUUGCCAUUGACCCCCAGAUGCAGACAGUGGUGCGUGUACUCGCGACGUUAAAGGGACCCUACCCAGACUCGGUGCCAGAGACUCGGAUGCCUUUAUCAGGUGCCGAACUCUGGAAAGCAUCGCGGAAGAAGGUCAAGCACUUGAUGCUUGGGAAGAGGCAUCGCCGACUCCCCAAUGUUUGCAACGCGCUGCAUCAACGAAUCGUCGUCCUUCCUGGAUUCCUGAGGCUGACUGGCGACCCUGUGGAGCCCGAUUUGGAGGUUUCGAUCGCGUUGACCUGCCCAUUUCGGCCGGACUCGAGCGACAGGCUUGAGUUUCUUUGCCGGAACUUGUGGGCAAGCAUGCCGUCCGUGUAUUACCGCGUCAAAGCUCACGGCUUGGGCUUCGGCCUUCAGAACCAUGCUUGGAGAGCUCAGUUCCGUGAGGAUCGUAGUAGAAAGCAGCGUCUUGCAAAGGAGUCCAUGGCCACUGGGACCGGCCAGCGGCGGCGACUUUCGACUUCCGAGAGGCGCAAACGCACCGAGUUCUUCGCUAGCGGCUUGCGGCGUUUGCGGCGCUUGCGCAGGAUGCAGCGCUUGAAAGCGGCAAAGCUUGACAUCCAGCAGCACCUCACUUGCAUUGUAAUGACACGACGAGCUGCUGCACAACAACAACUCUCGGCGGUUGCGCAGGUCUCCACGGGCUUCUGCUAUGCUGCCGAUUCUUUUUGCCACCGGGACUGGGCAGAGAUUUCAGGACAGAUCACAAAGUCCAUGUGGGACUAUGCCAUGUCCAAUCCAGUGUUGCUGGGAGCCUUCGGCCUGUGCGAGGGAGCCUUCUUCCCCUUGGUCUUUUACUCGGCAGCGAGGCUGCCCGGAAGCUUGGUCCAAGUCCUCAACCAGAGCCUCAUACCAUUCACUGUGCUCUUCAGCUUCAUCUUUCUGAGCCGACGCUAUGACAGGAUCCAACUCCUGGGUGUUUUGGUUGUUCUUUGCGGGGUGACACUAUUUACGUCCUUGCCUCGAAGCACCGGAUCGUCCGCUGUGUUCGUCAUUCUCUGCAUUGCGGCUUAUGGGCUUCAAGCAGCA